UAAUUUGCCUUAAUUUUUAAGUUUCUAGACUUAAGAUCAAUGCAAGUUACAAUUUGUCUACUUUCCAAGAAGAAAACAUCUUUCACACCAACCUAAUUUGACUUCAUGGAAAAAAUGAGCACCAAAUGGAAAAAAAAUCAAAUUUUUUCCAUUAUAUAUACUCGUGCACAAUUGGUCUAUAAUUACAAAAACCAAUCAAGAGAGAGAAUAAUAUAAUUAAUUAGUUGAUUUAUUCAAAAAAUGAAAGGAUCUUCUUCAUCACUAAUAAUAAUGAUUCAGGCGGUGGCUCUGAUGAUAAUGGUGGUGGUUCCGGCGGCGGUGUUGGGGCAGACGCCGAGCGAGUGCAACGACGAGAAGAACAAGCUGGAAAACGGGUGCAGGGCGGUGAUAUUCGGGCGGGACCCUACGGCGGCGUGCUGCCAGCAGGUAAGGGCGGCACACCUUUCGUGUGUGUGUCCACUUGUCACUCCGAAGCUGGUUGCAGCCAUCGGUGGGGCCCAACGUGCUAUCAGACUCGUUCAGGGAUGUGGUCGGACCGUUCCUCGUAACUUCAAGUGUGGAAGUUUGACUACUCCUGCUUGAAGAGUUGAACAAUGAUGUUUGAUGAUGAUCGGACAAAGAUAAUUAUUAUUAAAAUAAAAUGAAAUAAUGUAUGAGUUGUACGAGGUUGAUUUUAAUGUGGAAUUGUCUCCAUCAGAAAUAAAUAAAUAGAUAAAGUAAUUUUAUA